GGAAGCUGCAACUUUCCACGACAACAAAAGAAUCCGCGGAGUUGACUCGACAACAGUUAGGGAAUGUGGAGGGAGACGGUUCGGGCGUUUUAUUUGGCUUAACCGGAGUUUGGACGGACUAUUUUCUACUGAACAUGUGGUUCUGCUUCUCCUCCACGGCAAAGUGGAGGUUCCUUCGGUCAGCCUGCAGCGAUCUCCUCGGCUGAUGGCUCAGCGGAGAAGAGACAAGAUGUCCUCACGCAUGAUCAGUUCGUCCCGUGAGCAGGAGAGGAAGGGCAGUUUCUUCAAGUUGGUUGACUCGAUUGCCUGGGAGAUUGGCACACUGAAUAAGGAGAUGGGGAGAAAGACAGAGACUGCGGAAGAGAAGCAGAAGCCUGAUGCACGUGUGGGGCUGAGUGAAGAGGUGGGACGUCUGUUUCUUCAAGCCUCACCUUGCCCUGGGAGAGGAGCAGGACCAACCAAAGGUAGAGAUUCUGGCUACGACUCCCUCCGCUGUCGGCUCAGUGUCCUGGACAGACUGAUGCACACGCAUCCUGUGUGGCUGCAGCUGGGCCUCAGCCGCCAGGACGCAGCUGGAAUACUGCAGGACCAGCCCGCUGGGUCGUUCUUGGUGAGAAAGUCCACCAGCCUGCAGAAGAAAGUCAUAUCUCUACGCAUGGACCAAGACCCUGCAGAGCUCAUCAAAGACUUCCCAGUCAAAGAGAGCCAGUACACGUUCUCUCUGGAGGGAUCAGACCUGUGCUUUGCAGACCUUUUCCGCCUCUUGGCUUUCUGCUGCAUCAGCAGGGAUGUGCUGCCCUUCACUCUGAAGCUUCCAGACGCCAUCUCUUCUGCCAGAAGCUUUGCAGAUCUUGAGAAGGUUGCUAAACUCGGAGCAGGCUUCUGGGACAGUAAAUUUUGCAGGAGACCAGCAUCGGUGUCCCUGCCGAAGACUGCAGGUCCUGACAGACCCCCUCCACCUGCUCAGAGACCGAGCUCCACUCCAACUACCCCAUCAUGUUCUUACCUUCAAAUUCGAACACCCUCUCAGCUCGACUGUUGCCUGCCUAAUGGAGCACUGUGCUUCAUCAACCCCCUUUUCAUAAAGAUUUAUCAGCCAGAUGGUGGCAACCAGAUCAGCUCUGCCAAAACUGCAACCCAACACCCGAGGGAUGAUUACAACAAUAUAAGAGCUACCAAAAGGAGAGAGGAAGUCUCUUGUAUCCAAAGUCCUCUGACCUGUCGCUCAGACCACAGUUACAGAUUGAACGUAGAGAGUCUAACCACUAACCCAUGCAGCAGAGGACCAACUGGGAGCAACCAGGUGUUGGGUCUGUCUCGUUCCGCUCCUCCUCGACCGCCUCCCCCUGAUCUUGCCAAACAUCACCCUGUAUCUCCUGUUGGACAGCAAAGCAUGCCAGAAAAAAUUGCCUGGAUUAACAUCCCCAAGGAGGAGGAGAAGGAGAAGAGCAGCAACCUCCUGUCACGACUGGGCUCCUCGCUGAGCAUUAGCCCGCCUUCCCUGCCUCCCAAGAGGUUUAACAUCAGCUCCCCCAUAUCCAUUCCCCGACAAACUAUGCCCCUUCCUUUGCAAUCUCUCUCCUCCCCACGUCGAACCAAAUCAUCGCCAUCAUUCAGCCAUGAGGACGCUCAGUGCCAUCUGGCACUGGAGGAACAGACGAUUGAGAAGGCCAUCCUCAGGACCAAAUUGUCAAAGCAAAGGUCAGUGCAGUCUACAUGCCAGAACUCCUGUAGUCCUUCAGAGCCUUCCAUGAUGACAGGCAGCAAGCUUGCAGAGGUAACACCUGGAGAAGAGGUAGCCUCUUCCCCCGGUAGCAGAGGCGGCCAACGGCUGAGUGACAUGAGCCUCUCCACGGAUUCCUCAGAUUCCCUGGAUUACUCCCAGUCCUCUGCCUUCUUCAUUCCUCCUCUGCAUGACCCUAGCCCUCCCACUGUCGCUGACUUCAACACCCAUCUCCCCCUCUCCCUCCCACCAUCCCACUUACGUUACAGCAGCAUAGAUAUAGAUGAAGACGUUGACGAUGACGAUGACGAAGACGACCCCGACUAUGGCGUUAGCCUCGAGAGCGACCAAGAUCUCACCAUGCUGCCACCUGGGGCCCACACAAAGCGCCGCCCCAGUGCCGGCGCCUUGGUCCUGCAGAAAGCGUUGCAAGGAAAGUUUCGGAAGAUGAGCGGUGUUUUCAGCUCGCUGCUGACACCAGAGAAGAGGGCUAUCCGCAAGGUGCUGGAGAUGUCCAAAGAUAAGAACUCGUACUUUGGUUCCCUGGUUCAGGACUAUCUCAGCUACAUGGGGGAGGGUGCUGGCGCCCAGGCCUGGCAGGGCUACGCCUCAGGACUUGAGCUGCUUCAGACCAUCCGCCAGUUUAUCACUCAGAUGAAGAGCUAUCUGCAACAAAGCUCCGAGAUGGAGCCGCCAAUUGAGAGCUUCAUUCCUGAAGAUCAGAUUGACAGAGUCCUGGAGAAGGCCAUGCUGAAGUGCGUCCUGAAGCCCCUGAAACCGUCCGUCAGUGCCGCUCUGAAGGAGUUCCAGAUGCGCAGCGGCAGCUGGCAGGAGCUGAAAGAGAACCUGUCUUUGGCCAAGGCCCGUCGGCCGCAGGAGAUGGGCGUGGCUGACGCUCUGCCCCCUGACCCUGUGGCCGUUGAAAAGAUCAGGCAAAAGUUCCAGACCAUGUGUAAGCUGUACUCCCCAGAGAAGAAAGUCUGCAUGCUGCUAAGAGUGUGUAAACUUAUUUACACCAUCAUGGAGGAUAAUUCAGGUCGUUUGUAUGGAGCGGAUGACUUCCUCCCCAUGCUGACCUAUGUGUUGGCCCAGUGUGACAUGCCUGAGCUGGACAAUGAGAUCAUGUACAUGAUGGAACUCCUGGACCCUUCGCUGCUGCAUGGAGAAGGUGGUUACUACCUGACCAGCGCUUACGGAGCCAUGUCCCUGAUUAAGAACUUCCAGGAGGAUCAGGCAGCCAGAGUGCUGAGCUCUGAAACCAGAGACACGCUGCACCAGUGGCACCGGCGCCGCACCACCCAGCGUUCGGCGCCCUCUAUUGAUGACUUCCAGAACUACCUGCGUGUGGCGCUGCAGGAGUUGGACAGCGGCUGCACAGCCAAGACGCUGCAGGUGCAACCCUACACCACGGUGGAGGAGCUGUGCCAGCUGUGCGCCCUAAAGUUUAAGGUCUUGGACCCAGAGAACUACGGCCUGUUCCUGCAGAUGGAGGGCAGCAUCCAGCAGCUGGCGGCGGACACCCACCCUCAGAAGAUCAAAGCUGAGCUUCAUAGCCGCCCACAGCCAGUCCCCUUCCAUUUUGUCUACCGCCGCAUGUCCAAAACCAGCUCACUGUCGCCGGAUCUCUCCAACGCCACUCCCGACCUCAGCCGUCUUCUUGCAGCCUCUGAUCCACGGGCUGACCUGAACAACCAGAGCACAGACCCGCCAGCUCCCAGCGGCAGCUCCAGCCUCAGCAGCAUCUCAGCCUCUGUAUGAUCACAGAGGAACCCCCCCCCCCUACCCCUCCCCCCCAGCCAACACGCAUUAGACCAUCAUCUCCUGCAAACAUGUUUCCAUGAGCUGCGUUGGCCGGAUGUCGAAACAGUCCAUGUGGGCAAAACAGCGUCUCGUGCCAGUCUUCACAAAGCCUGACUUCUCCUUUCAGACGGCACAUCUGUCUCAGCCAACAUCCCCUCGGUGUCUGACAGACGCGGCUGAAAGAGGAAAAACCAGCAGAGAUGCAGUUAUUUUUAAUUCCUCAGGAGGAAGGCAGGAUUUACUCUAACAGUUGCGGGUCAGCUGUUACUCGGUUGUUUAGGUUUUUAAAUAGGGAAACUUAGAAAGUAGAUUUAGUGACACCUAGUGGUCACUGAUGCAGGUAACAGGUUCCGUGUGGGGCCUUGCUGCCAGACAGGAAGCUGUCAGCAGACGUCACGUCAUUCCCACAGUUGAUCUCCAGGAAUGUAUCUUUCUGUGCCUCUUAAUCAAUCAGAUUCACUUUGAUGAAAUGUAAAUUAUGCUACUUCUGAUCAUUCUGACAUGCUUUGAUACAUCAGAGACCUUUGAAACUAUGAACAUGUUUGAAUUAGAUCUUUUCUCUUGAUCUAGGUGAAUAGGCUUGUAAGUAUGGUAAAAUCUUUGUGCUCUGUGAUUCAGUCUAACAUGAAGUAGCAGGCUUUCACUGUUUAUCCUGGUGAUAUGAGCUGGUGUCAUGUCAUCCUGUAUUUUCUAUUCACACUGACAUGUGGCAGAGGAACUGCUGUGCGGACUUUUUAGCUGGUCUGAAGUGCCGCGCUGGGUUACGUGCCGCGCAGAGGAGUGUGGGAGGAAACGUACGUGUUGAUGGGCAGGAAAACGGGUUGUUUGUCUGCGUCUGUAAGAUGAGAAGAAAAUGCUUGAAAUGCUGGGGUUUCCUUACAGGGGAACUAGACAAGAAGGGUCAGCACAGAGGGAAGUGAAGGGCGAUAUGGCUGAAGGAAAAGUGAGAGCUGUAGGAGGAAGUUGAGAAGCAUUAAUAUUGGUUGUUAGGAGCUCCUCUGAGGAUUUAUGUCUGUGCUGGAGUCUUUCACAGAUAACCUCUUACCCUGAGUCUUCUUGAUUUUACAAGACUCUUUUCCUGCCUGUCAUAUAUAUGUAUCAGAAACAUUUUCUUCUGCCCUUAAUAAACCUGGUACCUGGAA